AUGUCAAGAACAAAGCAAGCUGCCCGUAAAAACAAGCGCAAGGCAGAAACGCAGCUUCAAAAUGCCCCCACCAAGCGUCUCACGCCGCCCGACGACGCGCCACAGGCACAAGCCGCCGUUGGGCAAAGCCACAAUCUGAACGCCGUGGUCUCUUCCGAAGAGGUGGAGGUGGCCGUCGACACGCUCCGCACCCUUGCGCAGCACCCAGCUGCCAUCAAGAGCAAGGCGUGUCGAGAUCUGCGCUCCGCCGUGUACGACUUCCGGCAGGCCUGCACAACGGGCGCCAACAGCACUGGCGAUGGAUCUAUGAACUUGACGGCCCGUAUUUCUGGUGCUCUGGUUGACGAAAAGUACACAGAUGCAUUGGUGCUGCUAGCAGAGAUGCGGAUCCGCAAUGAGGCGCCCAAGUUGGGGGCUUUGUGUCGUUGGGUCAGAGACCUGGACGUUACGAGCGGGCUGUCGGUUAAGGGGGCCGAGGCUGGAUUACCGCCUUGGACGGACAGGCAAAGGUUGUUGCUGAAGGUUCUGGAUGCCAUUUCGAGGGUGACCGGAACAUGGGAUGUUAAACACGUUCCUGUGUCGAUAACUUCCGACCCAGUCGCUAUCCAGGCUAUUUGGAGCUUGCGAGAAGAAGGCAAAUCGUGGCCGAUGCAUCAAAGCGUUUUGGACGGCACCAUCUUCAAGUCGUGCGCUACAGAUAUCAAGGAAAAAUUCCAAGUUUUGGAGCGAACACCAGGGCCCGAUCGAAAGCCCCCGAAUCUCCAUGACGCAGUUCUUUACCUCAGUACCGACAACGCCGUCGAGCUGUCAUCUACCCCUCCGACCAUCACGCAUCAUCACCACCCGGCUGUCCCCAAGCUAUCGCUCAUGAAAGACGUACUCUCACCAGACGAAUGUAGAGCUAUUGUGGGCGCCAUGGAAUCCGUUGGCUACCUCCCCGACGCCCCAGUCCGCGACGAUGGUGCCGAAGCGAGCAUCCUCGCACACAAUGUGUACUGGAUUGUCGACCAAGCCUUCCAUGACAAGCUGUGGGACCGCGUCAAGCCGUUUGUGCCUGCCAUAGCGGAUGGCCGCAAGGUGCAUGGUAUCAACCGCCGCUUCCGGGUGUAUCGCUACGUCCCCGGUGCGGAGUAUCGAGUCCAUUUUGACGGCGCCUGGCCGCCCUCAGGGGUCGAGCCUGGUACCGGCAAGUAUCUAUGGGACGCAUCACCUCCAGAGAACCCACAGUCUAGCCUGUUCACCUUCCUGGUCUACCUCAAUGACGAAUUUGAGGGUGGUGAGACGACGUUCUUCACGCCGAGUCUGCGUGAAGGUGUUAUGAAUGCGUACCCUGUGAGGCCAAUAAUGGGAUCGAUCGCACUAUUCCCUCAUGGCGAAAGCAAGGGUGCGCUGCUGCACGAAGGAACCGGGGUUCGCAAAGGGGCAAAAUACAUCAUUCGAACAGACGUCGAGUACGAUGUCAACCCGGAAAAAUAG